GUAUUUUAUAUUCAAAAUGGACGAAAUAAUCAAAGUGUUGAAAAGGAGUUUCGAAGCAGUUCAAACGACUGUUAAACAGUGGGAAGAGACGCAGAAAAGUUCAAAUGGUAUUGUCGAAUCGUUGUUAAAUCUCAGCGAGCAGCUACAGUGCUGUGAAGAGGGGAGUUAUGAACAUGAACUGAGAAAUGAAUUUCCAGACCUAAAGUCACGUGUGUUGUUUAAAAUUAUGAAAGUUUUGGAAGGAAAAAUGGAAAAACUUCGUGAAGUAUUGUGAGUAAAGGCUGAGUGGGUUAAGCCUUUGUUUCUAACCAUGUUUUAUGCUUGCUUGUAAUGUAGAGUAGUGGCCAUAAAUCCUGGGGGACGGGGGGACAAGCCCCUGCCCCCCACUUUUUGCCCAUUCAUAAAUUGCAUCUGUUGGCCCCUACUGUAUGCAAUGGUUUUUCUCCAUUGAUUAAUUCAUAUUAUCUUGUGCUGUUUCCUUUCACCCUCUCCCCCACCUAUUGACAAGUGCAUUGGGCAUUACUAUACACCUGAUUGGCUGAUUGGAAAGUUUGGAAAUUGCACGGCUGAGAGUUUGAAAAUUUAAUAGUAAAUUAGUAAAUAUAAAGAAAGCAUACAAACUCUCCACACUGGACCAUGUUUCCCCACUCCCCCAACAUUGCUAGGUUAAUGCAGAGAGUCCAUGUGCCACUCCACCUUACAUGGCCAUCUACCCUGUCACCUUAUUGGUCCACUCUUCUCAUGCAUGAUCCAGAGAGCCCUUCCCAACACAGGUCCCUACCUCCCCUCCCACCAUAUUCCCCAUAUUCUCCCACCUUAUUCCCCCUUUCCCACCAUAUUUCUCCUUUCCCACCAUAUUUCCCCUUUCCCACCAUAUUUCCCCUUUCCCACCAUAUCUCCCCUCUCCCUCCAUAUCCCCCUCUCUCACCUUAUUUCAUUAUAGAGACUCCACCCAGUCCAGUGCAGGGAGCCCCCUUCCCACCCCCCUGCUUUGGUAGUUUUGCUUCCCACUCAAAUAUGUUCCAACCUCAAAUAUAUUAAUUCAAAUGGACUUUUAAUUUUUCUGCAGACAAACAUUUGAAAGACUCAAAAAUAAUCUGCAGAAAGUUCGAAACACAGUGUUUCAAGUUUAUACAGAAUAUUCAGGUAAACUUUCAGCAACCAUUUUUAGUAAAUAUUUUAAUUAAUGAAAAAACAAAUAACGAACACUCCAAACAAUUUCAUUUUGUUAUCAAUGAAAAUGAAAUCAGAAAAUGAAAAUAAAAUUGUUUGGACAAUUUCUGAUUUUUUCAACAAACCAAAAAUUGAAUGGAUUUUUUUCAGACAAAGUUGACAUUGAAAAUCUAACCACAGGCAGUCCAACUUUCCCUCCAUACGUUUUGAUGUUUGAAUGGAUUAUGGAUAUAACUAGAUGGUACAAUAAUUUGUAUCCUUUUUGUGAAGAUAGGUUGAGCUGAAACAUCUCAAAAAGUGGGAGGGCGGGGGCACUGCCAAAACAGGGAAACUUUCUUUCACUCAGGUAAGGGGUAAGGACAUAUCAGUUAGGGUGGGAAUACAUGUCACCUGUUGAUUUUGAAAACAAAUAAUGUACUGCUGCUUAAAAACUUUGCCAUGUCAUUUUUGGGGUUUUGUUAUUGUUUUUACCUUUUGCAUGUUUUACCUUUUACAUGUUUUACAUUCAUGUUUUUUUCUAGGUAGUCAGAUUCUAGGUAGUUAGAUUCAUGGUUUUUAAGUGGGAUGAUAAAAUAUCUCAAUUAUGGUACAAAAGUAAAAAAUAAGCAUUGCCUGAAGAUGAUUUACUUGAUGCAAGUUCGUAGCUGUGAUUCUGUAAUACUUUGCCAAACACAACCUGGAACAAAAUUCUCCACAGAUUUAAAUUUUUCACAUUAACUUUUUAUCUUAAAGUUAAAGAAAGACUUCCUGUCUUUCAUCUCGCUGAUAAUUUAGCAUAUCAAGCAGGGUGCGAUCAUUCAAGAUUUCUAGUCGUACCCGACUGGUACGCCAAUGGUUGUUGCCGCGUACUUGCGCUAGUGCAAACUCAGUACUCAAUGUGGUCCAAUGUGUACUUACACUCUUUAAAAAUAAGGUUCAUAAAGUACAGGUUUCUGAAAAGUAUGUUCAGACUACGUGUACGAUAUAGCAAACGGAGUUUUGCUAUUUGAAAAAGGAGUUUUGCUAUUUGAAAAGGGAGUUUUGCUAUUUGAAAAGGGAAUUUUGCUAUUUGAAAAGGGAAUUUUGCUAUUUGAAAAGGGAAUUUUGCUAUUUGAAAAGGGAAUUUUGCUAUUUGAAAAGGGAGUUUUGCUAUUUGAAAAGGGAAUUUUGCUAUUUGAAAAGGGAGUUUUGCUAUUUGAAAAGGGAAUUUUGCUAUUUGAAAAGGGAGCUUUGCUAUUUAAAAACGGAGUUUUGCUAUUUCAAACGACCGACUCCAACGUUUCUUAGUGCCAUCAGUGCAAUCAUGUUUCAUGCCAAUACAUCUCAGACACAUGAUAUACCAACUAAAUUACGGUAUUGAAUACCUUGGACUUGGAAAGGUCAUGUGCUACCAGCAAAAAAUAAGUACGCAGAUAGCAAGAGUUCCGCGUACCUACGUGGUUGAAAACAAAGAAGUACCAGACAGUAAUAUUGGCGUACCUCCAUUACGUAAGUACGCGAAUUAUCGCACCCUGUAUCAAGGGGAAAGAAAUUCCUCUUUUGUUUCAGACAAGGGGCACUUUUUUCCAUUUUCAAAAAAGUGGGAGGAUUUUUGUGGCCCUUCAACUUUCCAAUCUUUAAUUUCAAUCAUUCUGGGAGCAAAUCAUACCUGAUAUAGUGACGGACUGUAGUUUUUAAAAGUAAACAAAGUAAGUGACAAAGGAAUGCGUCUCAAUUGGAACGUGACCAAUUGGAAUAUUCCCAAUUGGAAUGUUCCCAAUUCCUGUGACAUAAGAUGGAUUAUGGAACAUGUUGUUGGUUUCACACAUACUUAUGAUGCAAUACGAACAUCUAAGACGUUAUCUGGACAUUAUUUACUGGUUCAAAGCCCAGACGGGGGGGGGGCAACACCCACAUUCAUCAGUCAGUCAUUUGAGCAAAGUGUUUACUCACAGCCGGCAAGUUGUUUUCGGAAAAAUAACGAGAAGCGGCACGUGUAUUGAAAACAUCAGGAAACAAGGAAAUAAAUGAUGUCUGGAAAAAUUCUUAAUCCUUCCCUCGCCCUUGAAGCCUGGUAAGUUCCUUAUCAUCUGAACCAAGAUACGAACAAAAGAAAGAUUUGGUAAACAACAUCAGUUAUGAAGACAAGGCAUAUUUUCAGUCUUUGGUAAAAAAAUGGAAAGAUGAUUCAUCUCUGUUUAGAGUAAAAGGUAAUCUUUACCGGGAACCAACGUAUUUUUUCUUUUUUAUACACAUUGUCAUCCAGCCAGAUCAUUUGUCUCAAAUGUAUAAGUCAGGCCAAUCGAAUGUUUUUACUUUGUAAUUUUGUAAUUCCAAAUUUCUAGGCAUACUUGAACAAGUUUCGAUGUUCAUAAGCGGACCCCUUCAAACGUAGUUAAUACAUGAUGCAGCAAAUGCUAAAUGGCAACGUGGUUUCUGAACACCGCGUACAAAGUAAGUAUAUAGAAAAGAUAUUGGAGACUUUAUUUAUUUAUGUGGGUAUCACAAAGCACUAUAGUGAUGCAUUCAAUUUAGUUUUGCGCAACAUUGCUGCAAAUGAUGAGUGUCAACUGCAAGUUACCAGAGUGAGAAAAUAAUGUACAGUGGAGCUCCGUUACUACGGCCAAGGACGGGCCGAAAAAAAUUGGCCGUAUUAACGGGGUAUCUUUAUAAGAAAAUGUAUUGUCUUGGCGUUUUUCACAUAGGUGGUCGUAAUAAAGAGGUGACCUUAUUAACGGGGUGGGUGGGGUUCCACUGUAACUAUUUUCACCACAAUUGGGCGGGGGGGGAGAUAGUAAAUAAAUGUGAUGGAUCUAGUUCGAUUUGAGGAUGUAGAUUGUCAUUGUUUAUAAGUUAUAUAGGUCAGCCAUAAGUUAUCAGAUCUUAUAUUUAGGUCGUUAGAGUUAGGAGCUCAAACAGUGAGACAUAUAUAUAUAUAUAUAUAUACACCCUCGGUAUAUACUACUUCCCGGCAUCCACUGCAUGCCCCAUAACGCCAACUGAAAGCCACCAAUGCUGGUUUCUGUAGAGUCAUACACUCGAAUAUUCUUGGACUUGGUUUUGCAAGGUAUCUGGCUCCUUUUUUCGUGAACUAGCUUGUCUUGGAUUGUAUGUCGACCACAUUGGGCGAGGAUGGGAUGGAUAUCCCACUUUUCUUCGUGGCGUUCGUUAUUCUAGUUUCGCUCUUUUAGCGGCUAAUUCUCUCUCC